GCUCACCCCAUGUGGGAGUACCGGGGACAGAACGACCGCACCCGGUCGACGGCGACCGAGUGGGACGAGGGCGAGUACCGGAAGGCGCUCGCUAAGAUCACCACUGCCACCUUUACUUCCUUCGAGGACGGCUUGCAGCCCUACACCGAAGACACCCCAGCGCCUCAGCGUUGGCGGAAGAUCGCGGACCACCUCCCUCCUCUCGCCGGAAAGGAACCACCGGAGAUGACCGAAGGCGAGGAGGAAGAGGUCGACGAGGAGGAGGAGCGCACCGAGUCGGACUCGGAGGCGCGGGACUUCAUCAGACUCCCGCGCGGGUCGAAGAGGGGUCCAUUCGCCAUUAUGACGUGA